UGGAAACAUUAGGUGCCUGUAAGCACUACUGAAUAAACUUUGUCCUUCCCUCCCUAUUUCUUGUGGAUUCUGAUCACAGUGAAUUAAUUAUACAUGUACCUUUUGUGGUGUAAACACAUGAAUUCUUUUCUCUUUGUAGGAUGAUCUUAUUGGGUCAAAUGGUACAGCUCCUUUUCAUUGCCUCUGUUUCUGGUGAAUGUGUUACCAAGCUGUUCAGAAACAUAAGCUUUCAAGGAGGAGACGUUGAUAUUGUUUAUACACCAAGCUCUAAGUACUGCCAACAGCUCUGUACCCACCACCCAAGAUGCUUGCUCUUCACAUUUAUGGCUGAAUCAUCAUCAGAAGAUCCUACCAAAUGGUUUGCUUGUGUCCUGAAAGACAGUAUUACUGAAACACUGCCACAGGUGAAUCUAACAGGAGCAAUUUCUGGAUAUUCUUUUAAGCAAUGCCCACAUCAACUAAGUGCAUGCAACAGAGAUGUUUAUGUGGACCUAGACAUGAGGGGCAUGAACUAUAAUAACUCUCUCGCCAGCAGUGCUCAGGAAUGCCAAGAGAGAUGCACGAAUGAUAUCCACUGUCAGUUUUUCACAUAUGCUACAAGGAGCUUUCCCAGUGCAAAACACCGUCACAUAUGCUUGUUGAAGUAUACCCAAACAGGGACACCAACAAGAAUAACCAAGCUCAGUAAUGUGGUUUCUGGAUUUUCCUUGAAGUCCUGUGCACUUUCUAACCUAGCUUGUAUUAGGGACAUUUUCCCCAGCACAGCAUUUUCAGACAGCAACAUUGACAGUGUGAUGGCUCCCGAUGUCUUUGUCUGUCGCAGGCUAUGUACCCAUCAUCCCAACUGCUUGUUUUUUACCUACUUUCCCCAAGAAUGGCCAAAAGAAUCUCAAAGAAAUCUCUGUCUCCUUAAAACAUCUCAGAGUGGAUUACCAAGUACACGCAUUCAAAAGAACCAUGCCCUUUCUGGUUUUAGUCUACAAAACUGUAGGCACAGCAUCCCAGUAUUCUGUCAUUCUUCAUUUUACCAUGACACUGAUUUCUUGGGAGAGGAACUGGAUAUUGUUGAUGUGAAAGGACAUGAAGCCUGCCAGAAAAUGUGUACCAGUGCUAUCCGCUGCCAGUUUUUUACCUAUUCCCCACCACAAGAAUCUUGCAAUGAAAGAAAUGAGGUUCAUUAUCUCUAUACUGUUUCCUACUGCAGGGGCAAAUGUUACUUGAAACUUUCUUCCAAUGGAUCUCCAACUAAAAUACUCCAUGGAAGAAGAGGCAUCUCUGGAUAUACACUGAGAUUAUGUAAAAUGGAUAAUGUGUGCACCACCAAAAUCAAGCCCAGAAUUGUUGGAGGAACUCCAUCAGGACACGGAGAGUGGCCCUGGCAGGUAAGCCUGCACAUCACAUCCCCGACUCAGAGGCACUUCUGUGGAGGCUCCAUCAUCGGAAACCAGUGGAUAUUAACAGCGGCUCACUGUUUCCAUGGAGUAGAAUCACCUAAGCUUUUACGUAUCUAUGGAGGCAUUGUGAAUCAAUCUGAAAUAAAUCAAGAAUCUUCUUUCUUUGGGGUUCAAGAAAUAAUAAUCCAUGAUAAAUACACAAUGGCAGAAAGUGGGUAUGACAUUGCCUUGUUGAAACUGGAAAUAACCAUGAAUUACACAGAUUCUCAACGACCUAUAUGCCUACCUUCCAAAGGAGAUAGAAAUAUAAUGUAUACUGACUGCUGGGUGACUGGAUGGGGGUACCAAAAAUUAAGAGGUAAAAUCCAAAACACACUCCAGAAAGUCAAGAUACCCUUAGUGUCACAUGAAGAAUGCCAGACAAAAUACCAAGGGCAUAAAAUAACCAGCAAGAUGAUCUGUGCGGGUGAUACAGAAGGCGGGAAGGAUGCCUGUAAGGGAGAUUCUGGGGGACCCCUGUCCUGUAAACACAAUGAAGUCUGGCAUUUGGUGGGCAUCACGAGCUGGGGUGAAGGUUGUGGUAAAAAAGAAUGGCCAGGAAUUUACACCAAUGUGGUCAAGUAUGUGGACUGGAUUUUAGAAAAGACUCAAGCUGAGUGAGAGUCACCAAGUACCACUUGAACCCCAGAGGAGCAAGCCAGAAUACACCCUAGAAAAAGGUUUUGAUUUCAGAAAGGAGCUGGGUGUUUAUUAGGAAAGAAUCAAAAGAAAACAAUUUGUCAUGUUCCAAACUCUCAUUCUGUGCUAAUAAUGGCCUUUUGCAGAAGCCCAUCUCUUGCUUUUUGAUCCUAAUUUUAUAGGCCAAAAAGUAAAAAAUACUAUUGGGAGAUGUUUUUGAAGAGUAAAAUAUGGCAGACACACCAGAAAAAUGUUGAGUACUGGCACUGUGUUAAUCAGCCUUUUUUCAUUGCUGUGACAAAUUCCUGAGAGUUUAAAAGGAGGAACAUUUUUGACUCACUGUUUCCGAGGUUUUC